AUGUUCGGGCGGUCCAGGAGCUGGGUGGGAGGGCAAGGGAGGUCCAAAAAUAUCCAUUCUUUGGACCAUUUAAAGUACAUGUAUCAUGUCCUGACGAAGAACACAACAGUGACUGAUCACAACCGCAACUUGCUGGUCGAGACGAUUCGCUCCAUCACCGAAAUCCUUAUCUGGGGGGAUCAGAAUGACAGUUCGGUUUUUGACUUCUUUUUGGAGAAGAACAUGUUCGCGUUCUUCCUCAACAUUUUACGACAGAAGUCUGGGCGGUACGUUUGUGUCCAGCUCUUGCAGACGCUCAACAUACUUUUCGAGAACAUAAGUCAUGAGACGUCUCUAUAUUACUUGCUGUCCAAUAAUCAUGUUAAUUCCAUCAUUGUCCAUAAAUUUGACUUCUCUGAUGAGGAAAUUAUGGCUUACUACAUCUCCUUUUUGAAGACUUUGUCCCUGAAACUCAACAACCACACUGUUCAUUUCUUUUACAAUGAGCACACUAAUGAUUUUGCCCUGUACACGGAGGCCAUUAAGUUUUUCAACCACCCAGAGAGCAUGGUCAGGAUCGCAGUCAGGACUAUCACUCUCAAUGUGUAUAAAGUGUCAUUGGAUAACCAGCACAUGCUGCACUACAUCCGGGACAAAACGGCCGUGCCCUACUUCUCCAACCUCGUCUGGUUCAUCGGCAGCCACGUCAUCGAGCUGGACAAGUGUGUUCAGACGGAUGAAGAGCAUAAAAACAAAGGGAAGUUGAGUGACCUGGUUGCAGAGCACCUGGACCACCUUCACUACCUGAACGACAUCCUCAUCAUCAACUGUGAGUUCCUCAAUGAUGUGCUGACGGACCACCUGCUCAACCGUCUCUUCCUGCCCCUCUACGUCUACUCGCUGGUCAGCCAAGAGCAGUGUGAAGAUCGCAAGAUCAACCCUCAGGUGUCACUCUACCUGCUCUCCCAGGUGUUCCUCAUCAUCCACUACCAGCCUCUGGUGAACGCGCUGGCCGACGUUAUUCUGAAUGGAGACCUGUCCGUUUUUUCACCUCAGCCGGAGCAGAACACACUCAAGAGCUCAUCCAAUGCCGGAGUGCGCCGCUUCACCAAGCCGCCAGAGAGUCUGGAGCGUUCUCUGGAGAUGAGCCGGCAGCGGGGCAGGAAGAAAGCGCAGAAGCGGCCGAACUACAAGAACGUUGGCGAGGAGGAAGAGGAGGAGAGAGGUGCCGAGGAUGGCCCAGAGGAAGAGAAGGCUAAAGGUACAGAGGCUAGCUCAAAGGCCAGCAGGACAAGUGGGGACACGGAAGAGAUUGAGAUGGUGGUGAUGGAGAAGUGUAAGAUAUCAGACGUGUCCACCUUAACUGAGCAGAACAUCACCGACGAGGAGAAAACGGCUGCAGCUGCUGCUCGCACGGAGGGCCUGAGGAGCAGGCCCUUCUUGGACAUGGUGUACAACGCUCUGGACUGCGAGAAGGAGGAUUACCACGCCCUCUUCGUCCUCUGCCUCCUGUUCGCCAUGACUCACAGCAAAGGUAUAAACCCAGCGCUGCUGGAGAAGAUCCAGCUGCCAGUACCGGGUCAGGAGAGGAGCAGUUACAGUCAAGUUCUGGUGGAGAGGCUGAUCAGGAUCAUGAACCAGGCUGCACAACCAGAUGGGCGUGUGCGUUUGGCAACUCUGGAGCUAAGCUGUCUUCUGCUCAAGCAGUCAGUGCUGUCCAGCACACAGUGCAUCAUCAAGGAUGUCCACCUGGCCUGUCUGGAGGGCGCUAGAGAGGAGAGUCUUCAUCUUCUGCGGCGAUUUUACAAGGGGGAGGAGAUCUUCCUGGACAUGUUUGAAGACGAGUACAGGAGCAUGACUAGCAAGCCUCUGAACGUGGAGUAUCUCAUGAUGGACGCAUCCAUUCUUCUGCCCCCUACUGGAACGCCGCUCACCGGAAUCGACUUUGUUAAGAGGCUGCCCUGCGGGGACGUGGAGAAGACGCGCAGGGCUAUCCGCGUGUUCUUCAUGCUGCGGGCGCUCUCUCUGCAGCUUCAGGGAGAGCCAGAGACCCAGCUACCCCUGACGCGUCCAGAGGACCUCAUUAAGACCGACGACGUCCUGGACCUCAAUAACAGUGAUUUGAUUGCAUGCAUGGUGGUGAGUAAGGAUGGGGUUCAGGCCCAGCGCUUCCUGGCCGUGGACGUAUAUCAGAUGAGCCUGGUGGAACCGGAUACCAAACGCUUGGGCUGGGGAGUCGUCAAGUUCGCUGGCCUUCUGCAGGACAUGCAGGUGUCUGGGGUGGAGGACGACAGCAGGGCUCUAAACAUCACCAUCCACAAGCCCACCUCCAACCCCCAUGCCAAGCCCCUCCCCAUCCUGCAGGCCUCCUUCAUCUUCGCUGACCACAUCCGUUGCAUCAUCGCCAAGCAGCGGCUGGCCAAGGGCCGCAUCCAAGCCCGCCGCAUGAAGAUGCAGAGAAUAGCAGCGCUUCUGGACCUUCCUGUCCAGCCGUCCUCUGAAGUUCUGGGCUUCAGUCAGCCCGCUGCUUCUACGUCCCAGCUGCCCUUCCGCUUCUACGACCAGGCUCGACGAGGCCCCGCCUUCGCCUCCGUGGAUAAAGUUCCAGGUUUCGCAGUGGCCCAUGUUGCCCAGCACAGCCCCUCGGCCCUGUGCCCCCCCUCCCCCAACUCCAGCUCCAGCAGCAGUGCGGGUCACUGUGACUCUGUCACCGCCAGCAGUGCGUCCACGCAGUCCUCCGCACAGAGCUCGUCAGCUCCAGCUCCAGCUCUGGCUCCCAGCCUGACGCCCGCCGCCCAGCCCACCAUCUCCCUGCUGUCGGACGCGGACGCCGAGACUCUCAGCGUGGACUCCCUCACCCUGCUGCCCCCAGCGGACCCACCUCGCCUCCGGUCCUUCAGCUCGCAGUCCUCCGUCCAGGAGGAGACGCCGAGCGCUGCCCAGGACGAGGACCCCAAACCCGAAGAGCCUUCAGCUCGCUCAGGCCAGUCCCUGGGGGACAACAUGGAGAACACCGCAGGGGUAGAGGACAGGAAGGACAUUACAGUCAUACCAGAGGAGGACGAACCUUCUCCCAGUUCUGAACCAGCAGAUGUGGAUUCUGAGGAGCCGGAGUCGACGUUGAGAGAAGAGGCCGAGACUCAAGCAGAGAGCGAGGCUGCAGCUCACAUUACUCAGCCAGACCCAGAGGAGAACCCUGACCUGGAACAGGAGACUGAAAUAGACUGAGCGGACCUGCUCUGAGGGGACACUUCCAGUGGAGAAGCUCACUCCUUAAAGCGAUAGUUCAGCAAAACACCUAAUUCACACACUUUUACCCUUGACUCAAAUGUAGACGAGCAGCCAAAACAUGUUUGAUAUCAGAGAUUUGCUUCUUAAAGGGCCCAAAUUCUGCAUUUUUCUUCUUUAUUUUUUCUUGUGUAUUUUUCCCCCAGGGUUCCAUUUAUAACAUCUGUGUGAGUUUGUGUGCCAAAAACAGCUGUAAACCAUUUUACAACCUCUCUUUAUCCCUUAGAAUCGAACAGGCUGUUUUCUUACUGUGCCUUUAAGACGUAUAUAUGUAAAUGAGCUCUGUUCUGAUUGGCUGUGCCUCAAUUCAAAAAGCAGUCCUUCUUGAAACACUUCUUAUGCUUUCAAUGUGAGUAGAAGGUGUUAAACUGAAUAGGGGGAUGUAUAUAAAUGAUUUGGUCUGUAGCUCACAUUACAAGCCUCAUUGCUCAAAUCUGAUUUUUUGCUCAAAUCCGAUCUCUCUGACACGAUGGUUUACACUCGUUUAGGUAUCUGAUUCAAAUCUGUCAUUAAUGUGACGAACCGGCGUCCUGAAAUGACCCACAUGACCACAU